UCUAACAAUGUCAAACUUGCAUUACAUUUUCAUCAUGUUAGUUGCUCUUCUUCUUCUGCAAAAUCCCAGUAGAAUACAGUGCCAUACCAAGGGAAUUAGACCAGGUCGUUCUGCAGGAAAUGCGUUAUCAACUAACAUGACUAGAGUGCAGUAUUCAGAACAGCAAUUCAUGAAAUGGGUAACCUUUGUUGGUAGCCUCAAACACACUGUUUUUAAGGCAGCGAAAAAUAAGCUUGUUGCUUCUUACACUUUGCACGUUGAUAAGAAUCCUUCUGGUGGAGAUUUCACUUCAAUUCAAGAAGCCAUUGAUUCCCUACCAUUCAUCAAUCUUGUGAGAGUGGUCAUAAAGGUCCAUGCAGGGGUUUACACGGAGAAGGUUAACAUUCCUGCUUUGAAAUCCUUCAUAACCAUUGAAGGAGCUGGUGCAGAUAAAACCAUAGUUCAAUGGGGUGACACUGCUCAAACACCUGGCCCAAAUGGUAGGCCUCUAGGAACCUAUGGUUCAGCAACUUUUGCAGUGAAUUCACCUUAUUUCAUUGCCAAGAACAUCACAUUCCAAAACACAACUCCUGUUCCUGCACCAGGAGCAGUUGGAAAGCAAGCAGUGGCAUUAAGGAUUUCAGCAGACACAGCAACAUUUCUAGGCUGCAAAUUCUUAGGAGCACAAGACACACUUUAUGAUCAUGUAGGCAGACAUUACUACAAGGAUUGUUACAUUGAAGGCUCUGUUGAUUUCAUAUUUGGCAAUUCUCUCUCGCUGUUUGAGGAAUGUCACGUGCAUGCCAUAGCACAGAACACAGGAGCUGUAACAGCACAAGGAAGGGGUAGUAUGUUGGAGGACACGGGGUUCUCGUUUGUGAACUGUAAGGUCACGGGAUCAGGAGCACUAUAUCUUGGGAGGGCUUGGGGUCCCUUUUCUCGCGUCGUCUUCGCUUACACAUAUAUGGACAACAUCAUCAUUCCCAAAGGAUGGUAUAAUUGGGGUGAUCCUAAUCGUGAAAUGACUGUGUUUUAUGGACAAUACAAAUGCUCAGGACUUGGAGCAAGCUUUGCAGGGAGAGUAUCAUGGUCAAGAGAACUCACUGACGAGGAAGCUAGACCUUUUCUUUCACUUAGCUUUAUUGAUGGGACUGAAUGGAUCAAAUUGUAGUUC